AUGGCUCCUGCAAUCAGCCUCGAUCACACUCUUCCGUCAUCCGUCCCAGAGUCGACUGAAACCCCGGCUGCGUACGUACCGACUAGCGACCUUUUCUCUCUAAAUGGACGCACGGUUGUGAUCACUGGAGGAGGUCGAGGCUUGGGAAUGACCUUGACUACUGCCGUUCUUGAAGCUGGUGGCGACGUGGCUUGUCUAGAUCUCCUUCCCGAGCCUAGCCCGGAGGAGUGGGUGGCUGUUCAGAAGCUGGCCAAAUCUCGCGGCCUGCAAGCGACUUACACCAAGUGCGAUAUCACUAAUGAGGAAGUCACUAAGAGCCUGCUGGAGAAGAUUGCCGCGGAUGCUUUAGAUCGGAAGAUGCCCAUGCGGGGCCUCAUCACUUGCGCUGGAAUUCAGCAAAUGGUGCCCGCCCUGGACUAUCCGGUUGAGGGAUACCGGAAGAUGCUGGAUGUUAAUGUCCUUGGAACAUUCAUUCCCGCGAAGCACUUUGCACGCAUUCUUGUGGACCAGAAGACCCCCGGAAGUAUUGUCAUGAUUGCUUCCAUGUCGGGCCAAAUUGCCAACCGAGGCUUGACUUGUACAGCGUACAAUUCUUCCAAAGCCGCCGUCCACCAGAUGUGCCGGUCUGUUGCCCAAGAAUGGGGCCAGCACAACAUUCGUGUUAACACUCUUUCCGCCGGUUACAUCCGCACUGCUAUGACUGACGCUCUACUAAAGGAGAAGCCAGAGGUUGAGGAAACCUGGAUGCGUGGAGCUCUUCUCGGCCGCCUGGGUGCCCCGGAGGACUUCAAGGGCCCCACAGUGUAUAUGCUUACCGACGGAAGUGCCUGGAUGACUGGUGCUGACCUUCGUGUGGAUGGUGGCCACUGCGCAUCGGCGUAG